CUGCUUCCGCCGCAGUGUUUACGCGGGCCGUUUCUCGUCUGGGGAUGGAGCCAGGGCCUUGCACCCGCCGCAGCCCUGACCUAGGGUAGGACCUCCCCUCCGAGCCGUCCGGCCCCGCCCCCCAAGGCGCGCAUGCUCGUUGCUCGCCCCAGCCCGGGCUCGCGGAUUGGCCGGCUCGGGUCAGGUGGGCGCCUCGCCUCUUCCCGGCUGUGGGUCCCGCGCGCCCUGACUUCCGGUCCGGUGGGGUCGGUCCGCGAUGACGGAGCCGGGCGCGUCUCCGGAGGACCCUUGGGUCAAGGUGGAGUGCGCCUACAGCGACACCAGCCUGGACCCCGGGCUUUUUGUAGAAAGCGCCCGCAAGGGGAGCGUGGUGUCCAGGGCUAAUAGCAUCGGUUCCACCAGCGCCUCUUCUGUCCCCAACACAGAUGACGAAGACAGCGAUUACCAGCAGGAGUCCUACAAGGAGUCCUACAAGGAUCGACGUCGUCGAGCACACACCCAGGCCGAGCAGAAGCGCAGAGAUGCCAUCAAGAGAGGAUACGAUGACCUUCAGACUAUCGUCCCCACCUGUCAGCAGCAGGACUUCUCCAUCGGCUCCCAGAAGCUCAGCAAGGCCAUCGUCCUGCAGAAGACCAUCGACUACAUCCAGUUUCUGCACAAGGAGAAGAAGAAGCAGGAGGAGGAGGUGUCCACGCUCCGUAAGGAUGUCACAGCCCUGAAGAUCAUGAAAGUGAAUUAUGAGCAGAUCGUCAAGGCGCACCGUGACAACCCGCACGAGGGCAAGGACCAGGUCUCCGACCAGGUCAAGUUCAACGUGUUCCAGGGCAUCAUGGACUCCCUGUUCCAGUCCUUCAACGCCUCCAUCUCGGUGGCCAGCUUCCAGGAGCUGUCGGCCUGCGUCUUCAGCUGGAUCGAGGAGCACUGCAAGCCCCAGACGCUGCGCGACAUCGUGCUGGGCGUCCUGCACCAGCUGAAGAACCAGCUGUACUGAUGGUGUGGGCGCUGCAGAGCUUCGCUGCCUUCUGCCCACAGCCUCGCCAGCCAGAAGGGCUCCCUGGCGCUUGGUGGCCCGCGGCCUGGCAACCUGCACGGGGCGUGUGUUUCAUGAACACUUCUGAUUAAUUUAUUUUUCAACCAUGCAGCCAGGCCCCUGUGCCCUCCCCGUAGGGAGCCCUGGCUCACCAAGCCUCAGGUUCCAGCCAGGACCCGGCCUGCUUUGGUGCUGGUGGGCUGGGGCUGGGGCUGGGUGUGGGCACUUGGGAGUGGCUGGGGGAGCUCACCAGGAAGGGAGCCGGCCGGGCCGGGGCCCCGCUGUGGAGUGGGUACAGGCGCAGCCUCCCUGCCUGGUCUGCCCUCUCUACCCCCACCCUGCUGCCCCAAGACAGGUGGACACAGCGCUGCAUAUUGGAAAUCUUAUAUUUUUAAACACCAACAACACAAUUUUGCUAGUUACAACUUUGGAAAAUUAACCGGCCUCCAGACUACCCCUCAGCCUUCCCUUCUCUUCCAGUGUGCUAGGGACUCCACACCUCCAGGGCCACCUGUCUGCCCUGGGCGCGGGGCGGAAGCCCUGGGUGGGUGCUGGGGACACCAACCUCACCGCCGAGGGCCCCAGCGCCCCCUGAAAUCUGACUGCCUGCAAGAAAGUCAGUAUUUUUGUAUGAAAGUGAAAUAAACAUCACAUGCGUUCCUUUA